AAACAGCGUGCUCUUAUAACCAACAUUGAAAAUACAUUUGAAGUGGUUAGCAUUCAGCCAUGGUAAAUCGUAACUAUUUAAUUUGAUAGCUAAGUUUUGAUUCUAAACCAAUUAUCAUUUGACUAAUGAUUGAUUUGUCUUUAAAAAAAAUAAUUCUCAUGAUAGAGUUUCACCAAGGCCAACUUUUGUCAGAUCUCAUGACGAAAUUCAUCGUGGCUUGUCUGCUUGUGGUUGCAUCUAUCGUGACGAUGGAGUGUUGUCACUACAGAGGUGUCAAUUACAGUGUAAGCCAUCAGUGUAUUAUGUCAGCAGGGUGGUACCGAGGAAAAGCGGCGCUCCAUGCGAAGCAUGGCAAUGUCCAAUAUAUGGAUUAAAUGCCAGGCGACCAGUUAAAAAAAAAAUAAUCGCCCUCCUAAUCUUUGAGAAGUACAUGUGAUUCUAUAGUUUAAUUCAUUUCCAAUGUCCCAUCUCCAUAUGAUUUUGGCAACCAUUGAUUUUGGCGCCCGCGGCGAGUUAUCCCUUUUCUCCUCCUUCGCAUGACUCUCAAUAUCAAUAAAAAUAACUUUGUAACAUAAUAAAUUGGCCGAAUGAGAGCAGCGAAACAGAACAAAGAGUUAAAAGGAUAUUUGGAAAAUAAAAACGAUUGAAAUAAUUAUUAAGUCAAGUGUAGUGGACAUGUUACCAGAUUCUCUAAUAUUUUAAAAAUACACAAUUUGAUAACAACAUUGAGAGCCUAGUUUUACUCUAAGCCUAAAAAAAUUUAAACUCAGGGAAACAUAUUUCAGAGAGCGUGACAAAAUAACUUGGUAUUGAAAUCGAAGCUGGAAAAUUAUAAAAUUCUAUCCCGCGACAAAUUAAAUCUUUAAACUUAAUGUUUCGCUAUGAUACAAAUAAUAGCAGAAGGAGUAGAGUUGCGUUUUUUUUUUUAGUUUUUGCUUUGUAAAAUAUUUAAGUUUACAUCUCGUGCAUAUUUGGACAAGAAAGUUUCAACUCCUUAAAAAAAAGACUAGGGCCUCGCUAAUUUGUAACGACCGAUAUUUUGUUAAUAAGCAUCAGCUUCUUAACUGUCUCUCAUUUUAAAGACCCCUGGCCCAUUCCGUUUCCUUAAGAAAUUGCUGUACAAGAUAAAACCGGGCAAGCGAAUUAUUCACUCACCGUUCCUAUUUAAUUCUAUACGAUAAAUACAAAUUUCAUACUAAAUUAGGUUUUAAAAUAGUGAGAUAUGUUAUUCAAUUUUAGUAUAUAUAGUUACAAAUAAUCAAAUUGAGUUCUGAACAUGUUGACCAUUUCCUACUCAGCCAGGACAACGCUAUCAGAAGAACCCUUGCACGUCGUGCUACUGUGAUGAAAACAACAAGGCCAUCUGCAAUACCAUCCAGUGUGGCUGGCCACAUUGUAAGAACAAAGCCCACCCCGUGACCAAGCCAGGAAAUUGUUGCCCCUCUUGCCCAGCUGUGUAGAGGUUAGUUCUGAUAAUAACUCAGCACUUUCCUCGGGACUCUUGCCCCCACGUGCACAGCAGUUUUGAUGUUAGUGCCACCCAUAAUUCAAUCAUUUCCUAAAACAAGAUCGAAACACAUGGGACAGGGUUGCCAAAUCAGUAACAGAACUUUAAUGGAAAAGUGUUCUAAAUCUCCACAUUUUAUAGGCGUUACGCACUGCCUUCUAUAGUGAGAACUAAAUCUGUUAUUUUAAUUUAAUGGCUUGUUCAAACACUGCACAACGAAGGACGAUAUCAUAGAGAAAUACAAUAGCAAAUAUACGACACUCAAAACAGUACUAAUUACAAUUAAUAAGAUGAAUUUAAUAAGAAAUAUAAGUAAAAAUCAUCAACUUACUGAGUAGGAUAUGUCUUGUACCGGUAAACAGUUAGUACAAUGUGCCCAUAAAUGAUGAAUGUGAAUAAACAAAUAUGAGUACACACAGAAAAAUACACUUGUAUUUACGUACAUCUUUAGGUUUCUACGGUUUUUGCUCUAAAUGAGUCAUUUUUUUACGGACAGUCUAGAGUUUUACUGACAGUUUGUUAUCCCGAAGAGGGGACCCUCUUGAAAUCUAACCCUUCCCACUUAAGUUCAUAGUAACAUUGGUAGUUUUAAAAAAAUAACUAAUAUCUCGGGGGCUCUCAACCAGGGAUUGCCGCAUCCCCUUGUUUGCACGGGGCAGUGCCAUGGGAUGCUGGAAGUCCCAGAAAAAAAUGGUUAACUUGUAUUUUCUUUAGAAGCUGCAGACAUGUCAAAGACAAAUUUAGUUUUACGCACUAUUUGUAGGUUAACAAGAGAAGAAAAACUAAAAUAACCGAUAUAUUUUAUUAACACUUUAUUACAAUAAUUGUAUCCGUGGGCUUGAGGGCAGGUUUUGGAAAAGUUUAUAAGCUCAAAUAAGAGGCGUGAAAUUUCUUAAAAAACGAGAGGGCUUAAGGUACCCCUAAAAGAUUACGAAUCCCAGUAAUAUCUUCAAUUCGAAGGUAAUUUAUGAGAGACGACGCCAGUGAACAAAAAAUUAUCGUUCCAUUUGAUACGAUUUUUUGAAAAAGAAAAAGCUACUUCCUAACAACGAGAAUGCUUAGAAAUAGGACUUUGUGGGUUGCAAAAGAGAAGCAGAAAUCGUAUGCGCAUUAUCGCCUGGGCUAGAGUAAGGUGUGAGAUUCUAGGGAGUGGACCCCAACCCAGUAAUUUUUGCUCAUUAUUUAGUAUUGAAAAUAUCUCAAAUGUUUAGUUAUUAAUUGAAUUUUAUUUUUAAAUUCUAGAUUUCUUUCUAUGUAUCCCCCACAGUGCAGCCGUUCUCCUGACUCAACAAGCACAUGCCGAUAAUGCUUAAAUGGUUAGCGACUUAUUCUCAAAUCUUUGGUUUUUCACGCUACUAAUAAAAUUAUUUAAAUUGAUUCUUUAAUCCUUAACUUUUUUUCACUCAUAGCAAACAACGUAUCUGACUAUUUAUUUAAUGACAUAAUUAACCUCUGUUGAUUACACUCGGCUGUUAUUGUCAGAGGUAUAAUCUCACCAAAUAGCUGUAAGCAUUUCAUAAGGAUACAUACGGCAAAAAAUAAUGAUUCGGUGCACAUCUGUGUAUCGAAGUAUCUGAUGUGAAUUAAAAGUUGAAAUAUGAAACUAAAAAAAAAAACAAGCAUAAGAAAUGUUUUAACAUGACAAUUCUGUGAUCAGUGGCGACGCUACACCAGGUCCCGCCGGGUCCCAGGACCUGGUCAAAAAACUUGGGACCUGGCAAAUGACCUGGUCAUUUUUUUUAUUAGUUACUAAUAUUGAAUAUAUCCUCAUUAAGCGUAAACUACAUUACAUGUAAGAGAAUUUAUUUGGGACCCGCCAAAUUUUUUAAAGACCUGCAAGGGACCCGCCAUGUUAAAUUUGAUGGCGUCGCCACUGUCUGUGAUGUAUAGACUUCAAGGAAUUUUUUUAUUCAUACACUCAAGUUCCAUCCAUACAUGUUAGGAGGGAUUUCGAGCAGACUCCGUUUAAAAAUAUGAACUACUGGUCAAUAGUUAAAUUUGCAACUAAAAGUGUGUAACUUAAUAAUUUAAGUUUCAAAUAAACGAUAAUUUCAAAUUCUUCAUUACUCAGAAAACAAAGGGAAAAAAAAGAAAAAAACAAAAAACAAACAACAAAAUAAAACAAAAAUAUGUCAGCUGCUUGUAGCUAAUUAGAAUUAAAUGAUACAUUUAACUUAAAGAAUAAAAAGAUAAAAAAACAAGAAAUCUAAUUAUAUAGCCUAUUUUAGAAACGAAACUUUUUCAAUUAAAUUUAUUCUGUUUUUAUUUUAAAUUGAGAUUGUCCAUUAAAAGUCAACAUGAUUUAAAUAAUUAAAAAAAUCAGAUCACAAUAAUUUCAGGAAAUCGCUUUUUUUUUUUGGGGGUUUCUUUUUUUUUUUUUGGGGGGGGGGGGGGAACGACGACAAAGGAAACAAUAAAAAAUAAAAGAACAGAUAACCUACUUACCGAGGGUGAUGUCUGGCUUAAUCUAAAAAAUUCAUCUUCAUCUGCUGUUAUAAUUUCCUAUAUCAUGUUUUGAAUUAAGUCCCAUAUUAAGAUCCCAAUAAUGUUUCUAAUGUUAUGUUUGUGGCCUAUUGCAUGCAAUCCGUGAUGUCAUAUGUUCUUUUAAAACAAUACCAACAUUAUUUGAGUCCAGAAAAUCUAGUGGACAUAUAGGCCUACACGGGACAGUAAAAUUUGUUUAAAUAAAUACUAACUCAUAUAAUAAUAGUAAUACCAAAACAAAAAAGAAAAAGAUGUUGUCAACCUUGUCAAAAGAAGAAAACAUAUUUGAUUAAUGAGACUCAAACGAUUUAUGUCAAUAAAACAAUUAUUUAUAUUAAGCCUUUAUAAUUUGUUAGACAAAAUACACUUGAACUAGCCCCACCUACUAUUUAAGAUAAAUAAAUGCAAAAAAUAAAAUAUCUAUACUACAGAAAAUCCAAACCAUAUCGAUUUAAUAAUUGUUAAAACGUUUUAUUUUAGUUUGCGCCCUGUAAUAUCUUUAUUAAAAUACGCUCUCCUCUUUUUCAAUAUCAGAGUUAUAAAUAAUGUGCUUUAUAUUUACAAGCAUUUAUAUAUAUAUAUAUAUAUAUAUAUAUAUAUAUAUAUAUAUAUAUAUAUAUAUAUAUAUAUAUAGAGAGAGAGAGAGAGAGAGAGAGAGAGAGAGAGAGAGAGAGAGAGAGAGACAGAUAGAGAGAGAGAGAGAGAAAUAUAUAUAGAGAGAGAGAGAGAGAGAGAUAGAGAGAGAGAGAGAGAGAGAGAGAGAGAGACAUACAGAGAGACAGAGAGAGCUAAAUAUGGUUAUUAAAAAUAAAUUAUUUUUAAAAACUUUUAUUUAAUAUGAAAAAUAUGAAUAUGAAAGAUAAACCAAAAAAAAAACACAAACAUUAUAAAGGAUUUACUUUGCAUGAACACAACAAGGUCAAGUGCAAGGUCAAGUGAAACAUAAUUUUUUUACUGAUAUAUUUAAUGCUGCUAUCCGAUAAAGUGCAAAAUGAUGCAAAACUUAAUUGAGGUAUGCGCCAAAAUGCAUCCCUGGAUUUUGAAUGUAACACGUUUUGUGGGUAGGUGCCCAUUAAAAAAGUUUUCGUUUUGCUCUAUUUCAGACGGGUUAAAUGUACUUACGACUUCGAGAGUCAUGAUCUUUAACUAAAUAUGAUUUUUUUAAAAACCUUUGUAUGUAAAGACAUGAAGACACAUACACAAUGAUGAUGUAGAUAAUAAAAGGAUGUUUACAUGCUGUAUUGUCAUUUUCAGGCUGAUCCCCAUGCUUUAACUUUCCAUUCCACGGAAAUUGGAUGAAUUGUAUGAAACAAGACGAUGAGGAUAUUUUAUAUUUAAAAUAUAAAACUAUGUGUGCUUAAUUUCUUUAAAUGUGUCGGUUUUGUAAACGGAAACACAUUAAAGAAUUAAUUAAAUGAUUUUUAUUGAUCUUUUAUUUUGUCUAUGAAACUGUAAAGCUAUGUGUGUAUGUCUGCGUGUGUAUGUGUGCGUGUCUAUGUGUUUCAUAUAAUGUUUCAAUUUUAAAAUUUGUUUUUUCUUUCAUUAUUAUUUGAAAUGUAAAUGUAUAAAAGGGUAACAUUAAA